AGAUUAUCAUUUAUCAAGACCUCGCUCCUCUUCAGUCUGUGACUCUCCUUGAUUCUUCCCUUUUCACGCAACCAUCGUCAAUCGACCUACGUCUGGUCCGAAUCGCGGUCGGAAUCGUCGCAUACCUGCUCGGUUCCUCCCUUCUCAGGCAGCCGUCUCCUUGUGCUUACAGAGUAGAGUAUAGAGACAUGAACAAGAAGGAGGUAUUCAAACUAGCGAAAGGUUUCCGGGGAAGGGCAAAGAAUUGUAUCCGGAUAGCUAGAGAAAGGGUAGAAAAGGCACUUCAGUAUUCUUAUCGAGAUCGUAGGAACAAGAAACGUGACAUGCGUUCCCUUUGGAUUGAACGCAUCAAUGCUGGCACUCGCGUCCAUGGUGUGAAUUAUGGUAACUUUAUGCAUGGACUAAUCAAAGAAAACAUCCAAAUUAAUCGAAAGGUUUUGUCAGAGCUGUCUAUGCAUGAACCGUAUAGUUUCAAGGCUCUCGUUGAUGUUUCUCGCACAGCUUUCCCUGGAAACCGCCCACUCUCAACCACACCAAAGAAGGAAGGCCUUGCGAUUCUAGUAUGAUUUUUUUUUCCAACAACUUGUAGUCAAUAAUGUUUUAGAGUUCUAAUUUUUCAUCAUUAUGGGAUUUACGGAGAACAUUUAAAAAAAAAAAAAAAAUCAAAAACGUUAUACUUAUACCCCAA